AGAUAAAGACUAUUAUCAGCUUAAGACAUAUGAACUUAACCCGACAAAACAGAACAUAGAUGAUUACUCCUGGCGCCUGAAAGAUGCAGCAUCUAAAGCUAGAGUUUUUAUCCUGCUCAUAGAGGACAAAAUUCUACGAGAUGUCAUCUUGGAGGCGCACAGCUUGGGAUAUGCCACCUCUGGAGAAUUUGUGUUCAUCGUCAUUAUUGGAAUAACCGAUGUACCCAAUGAUAAGAAGAUCUGGAAAGCCGGACAGGACACCGACGAGACUGUAAGACAAGCAUUGGCCCACGCUUUGUUUCCCUACGUGAACGACUCUUGGGGGACACUGCCGCCAAAUUUAUCUAGAGAAAUUAAAGAUCGAGCCUCCAGAGACUACAGCUUUAACACUAACAAGGAGCCUGAUGCAUCCCUAGCUCGUUACUAUGACGCUGUUUCCAUGUACGCCACUGUUGUCAACGAAACCAUUGCGGAGGGAGGCAACCCUUAUGAUGGACUGGCUAUUACAAAACGAAUAUGGAAUAGGACUUUUCCCGGUCUACUAGAACGUGUAACAGUGAACGAAGUUGGCGACAGUGACUCGGACGUCAUGAUCUCAGCUAUCAACCCUACCACACAAAAACUCCAGCAAUACGCACUGCUGGAUUCUGAAACGAAGUCUUUGAUUUUUCUCCAAAAUAAACCGUUUCCUUGGCCCUUGAACAAUGGAAUUUCUCCUGCUGAUGAACCAGUAUGUGGUUAUAUGCGAGAUCGAUGUUCUGACAAAGAACAUACCGAAAUUAUGCGUGGUGUUGGUGGAUUUUUUGCAGUGGUCACUGUUGUUGGUCUGGUCGUGUCUGCAGUCAUGUUCAGGCGCUGGAAGAAAUUCAGUAACAAAGACUUGUGGUGGUGGAAAAUCGCAUAUGCAGAUUUGAUUCUCACAGACAGAAAAUUUCUCCGCUCUAUGCCAUCAUUUAAUUCCAAG